AUGGACACUAAAGCACCAGUUAGUCCGGAUGUACCGCCGAAGCCGAGCCGUAAUAUAUACAAAAAACUCCGAACCAGCGUGCGAGAUUCACGUAUAUCUCAUCGAUUACGCCGUCGUUUGAACAAAGCUGGCACUCCCUCAACCACAAGCUCAAACAAUUCGACUCCUACAACUUCACCUCUUCCUGAAACCAGUCAAGAGCUGACUCAAGAAAAGUCAGUCAAAGGAACCGGCAAAGGAAGUCGAAGUUUUGAACAAAAAGAAGAGGAGCAAGGCACCACUACCUCAAAGAACAAGAAAGGUAGUCGGAAGAAGAAUAAGGAACGAAAAGCGAAAAAAACAGAUAGCAGAGGAACCGAGGAUUCGGAGAAGCAACCGAAGACAGCAGUGAUACGCAUGUCUCAGGAAGACUCUUUCACAAAAUUUGAGGACAUUGAAGCUCCAAGUAGGCCACUGAAAGUUCUAAAUGAAGAGGUUGAAAUGUAUUGUGAGGGAAAGGUGAUCAGCGCUUCGCUGAGGCAAAAGAGAGGUGGUAGGACUGUGGAAAGAAAACAAAAAAAAGAGGAAGCUACCGACACGGCUAAAGAUCGUAGGUCCAGGAUUCGUGAAAAAGAGGGAACGAAUUUACGCGGUAGGGCUCAAACUCCGGAGGUACGUCGGGAGGAAGAUGCGAGAAAAAAACUAGCUUUGCUGUGGCAAAAGAAGAAACAAAAAUCGCGAGAGAAUGUUAAUGAGCCUUCGAGCAUUCCAAUGGAGCCUUCGAGCAUUCCGAUGGAGCCUUCGAGCAUUCCGAUGGAGCCUUCGAGCAUUCCGAUGGAGCCUUCGAGCAAUCCGAAGGAGCCCGUACAUGCAUCGUCUAGGACUCAGUCCGUUAGUGGAAAGUCAAUUGUAGCGAAUUCGAAACCAGACAUUGAAAAAGCAGAAGCGGGUCAUGUUUUCACGGGGGAUAAAAAGGAGGAUAAAAAGGAGGAUGAAAAGGAAGAUAAAAAGAAGGAGAAAAAAGAGCAAAAAACAGACCAUAAGAAGGCAGACAAGAAGGACGACAAAAGAGAGGGAAAAAAGGACGAUAAAAAAGAAGAGAAAAAAGAGCAAAGAAUAGAGGAUAAGAAGGUAGACAACAAGAACGACAAAAGAGAGGAAAAUAAGGACGAUAAAAAAGAAGAGAAAAAAGAGCAAAGAAUAGAGGAUAAGAAGGUAGACAACAAGAACGACAAAAGAGAGGAAAAUAAGGACGAUAAAAAAGAAGAGAAAAAAGAGCAAAGAAUAGAGGAUAAGAAGGUAGACAACAAGAACGACAAAAGAGAGGAAAAUAAGGACGAUAAAAAAGGGGAAAAAGUGAUGGCUUCUCUGGAUGCUGUGGCGGUCGGCGAUGAGGCGAUGAAGGACUUGAUAGCGUUGGUGGAAAGCGGUGAGGACGGUUGGAAAGAGCUAUGGACAGACGAUGGGAUCGUGUUUCAUACAAAAAAGGGUGUUGAACCGUGUCUGGUUGACAUCAUUCGGUGUCGAUUUAUGCUCGAGGACACUGAUCUCGCCACCGUCAAAGCUAUGGUCACACCAUGGCUACCGUACCGUAUGCAGUGGGAUGAGAUAUUGCAGAAAUGUGAACUAGUUGAAGAACUAGACAAGGGUUACCGACUUAUGCACCAUGUUACCAAGAAGAAAUUUCCACUUUCACCAAGAGAUUCGGUGGAUGUGGUGUCAACCGUAUGCGAGCCGAAUCGUGUACUGGUAAGUGCUAGAAGUGUUCCCACAGCCGGUCCGGCUCCGACGUCCGAUAUCAUUCGAACGUAUCAACAUUUGGGCGCGUACUGUUUCUGCGUAAGCGGAGAACAUAAUGUCGAGUUCACGAUGUAUUUCCAAUGCGACCUGAACAUCUCAGCUCCGGCAUUUAUCCAGAAACUCAUCGACAAGGCAAAGCCGAGACUUAUGUGCGACAAAGCGAAAUCGUUGCGUCGUGCGAUCAAAAAGAUUCAGAUCGAUGCCGCUCAUCUGGAGAAAUGGUGA